AUGACUGAAAUCCUUAACAUCACAGGAUUCAAGAGGAUAUGGGAGUAUGAAAGGGAUCAUCAAAAAAUCACAAUCUCAUGGAAUGGGGCAAACUUUGGUCACUUGAUAAUUAAGAGCAUUAUUGAUCCCAAGUGUUCAAGACAUACUGCUGUCAUUGAAAACUGGCGUGUGUUGCUGACUUUCAGGAAUGGUCCUGAUAAACCAUCUGUUCGCAUCAUACCCCGAUGUAAGAAUUAUGAGGUUGCUGGAAAGAAGGCCACAACGUACACAAACAGGAUUUGGAUAGGCCAUGCCGAUCUGAAGUCUGUUUCUGAAGUUGAUCAGAAAGACCAGGAUGCAAAUCUCAGACAAUUGAUUGGGGUUUUGCACCCAGAAGGAUCAGUUGAAGAUAUAUACAAAGCUGAAGCUAACUUGGCUACCUGA